UUGUGGUGGCCUGAGGCUCCUGGGCCGCGAGGUCGACGUCGGUGGCUGCGGCGGCCGAGGCCAAAGGACCCGCCGCGGCUCGGUCUCCGGAGAGGGAGGGUUCCGCUGCCGCCACCGCCCGGCCGGUGCCCGGUAAAAUCAGUCCAGAGGAUUGAUGGAAUUUGCCCCAGGUGUCGUACGGAGCAAGUCAGCCUCAGCCGACGGACCCCCUGGACUGCCAGGUUCCUGAGCAGGGAGGAGGAGGAGGAGGACAAGAACUCCACCUGCUGGGUCCUGAGCGUGGCCGCAGGGACUGGCCAUCAUCCCAGAAUGCCCCUGCCGGAGCCCAGCGAGCAGGAGGGCGAGAGUGUGAAGGCUGGCCAGGAGCCAUCCCCGGAGUCCCCUGAGCCAGGCACCAAUGUUGUCCCCGUAGCGCCCACGAAGCCCCAAGAAUUCUCCGAACUGGUCCUGCUGACGGCCUCCACCGAGAGCGUGGAUGGGGUGGACUCCCAGCCCGAAGGAGGGCACUGUGUCCUGUCCCUGGAGAUGUCCAGUCCUGACGCACUGGCCAGGACCCCCCAGAUCCUGUCAGUGGAGGAGCAAGUGGGGGCAGUCCGGCCAACCCCCCAGGCCUUUGAGCAGAAGCACAACAAGCCAGACACAGCCCCCAAACCCCUGGAGUUCCUGAGGACCCCUUUCGGGGGCCGCCUUCUGGUGCUUGAGUGCUUCCUGUACAAGCAGGAGAAGGCAGUGGGGGACAAGGUGUACUGGAAAUGCCGUGAGCACUGGGAGCUGGGCUGCCGGGGCCGGGCCAUCACCCGAGGCCCGAGGGCCACGGUGAUGCGGGGCCACUGCCACCCGCCCGAUGAGGAGGGCCUGGAGGCACGGCGCCGAAGACAGAAGCUGCCCGGCCCGGCCCUGCCUGAAGGCUUGGGGGGUCCAGAUGGCCCUGGGGGCCAACCAGAGGAGCCGCUGAAAGGGGUGGGCCCCUGGCUGUGCCCUAAGGAGCCAGAGCGCACCCCUGGGUUGGUGCUGAGCAAGCCGGCUGCAGUAGAGGAGGGGCCGCGAGCCAUGUCGCUGCUGAGCUUGCCCCCCAAGAAACGCCCGACGCUGGGGAUCGGAGAAGCCCGGCCCCUGGAGUUCCUGAGGACAUGCUAUGGUGGCAGCUUCCUGGUACACCAGUCCUUCCUCUACAAGCGGGAGAAGGCCGUGGGGGACAAGGUCUACUGGACGUGCCGGGACCAUGCGCUUCACAGCUGCCGCAGCCGGGCCAUCACCCAGGGCCAGCGGGUGACCGUCAUGCGGGGCCACUGCCACCCGCCCGACGUGGAGGGCCUGGAGGCCCGGCGACAGCAGGAGAAGGCCAUUGAGACGCUGCAGACCCGGCCUGGGGGGUCUGGGGGCCAAGCAGACAAGCUGCUCCGAGGCGUGGAUAGCCUGCUCCCCUGCAGGGGGCCUGGGACCCUGACUGUCGCCAAAGCCCGGCCCAGGAAGCGCACAAAAGUCCUUCCAGCCCCGCCCCAGGACCCACAGGGAUCCCCUGCCGAGGACCAGGACGAGGACCCAGGAGGCCCUGAGUUCCUGAGGACCCCUCUGGGCGGCAGCUUCCUGGUGUACGAGUCCUUCCUGUACCGGCGGGAGAAGGCGGCAGGGCAGAAGGUCUACUGGACGUGCCGGGACCAGGCCCGCAUGGGCUGCCGCAGCCGGGCCAUCACCCAGGGCCGGCGGGUGACCGUGAUGCGUGGCCACUGCCACCCGCCUGACCUGGGGGGCCUGGAAGCCCUGAGGCAGCGGGAGAAACGCCCCGGUGCGGCUCAGCGGGGGAGCCCAGGAGGCCCUGAGUUCCUGAGGACCCCUCUGGGCGGCAGCUUCCUGGUGUAUGAGUCCUUCCUGUACCGGCGGGAGAAGGCGGCCGGCGAGAAGGUCUACUGGACGUGCCGGGACCAGGCCCGCAUGGGCUGUCGCAGCCGGGCCAUCACGCAGGGCCAGCGGGUGAUGGUGAUGCGCAGACACUGUCACCCGCCCGACCUGGGGGGCCUGGAGGCUCUGAGGCAGCGGGAGCAGAUCCCCAGCCCGGCGCAGAGGGAAGGCUCAGGUGCGGGACCCCUCCAGCCUCUGGAGUUCCUGAGGACGUCCCUCGGAGGCAGGUUCCUGGUGUACGAGUCCUUCCUCUACAGGAAGGAGAAGGCGGCAGGGGAGAAGGUCUACUGGAUGUGCCGGGACCAGGCCCGGCUGGGCUGCCGCAGCCGGGCCAUCACGCAGGGUCAGCUGGUGACUGUGAUGCGCAGCCACUGCCACCAGCCCGACCUGGCGGGCCUGGAGGCCCUGAGGCAGCGGGAGCGGCUCCCCAGCGUGGCCCCACAGGCGGACCCAGGAAAGAUGGAGCUUCCCCCCGCAGCGCCGCCGUGCGUGCAGCCUGGCUCUCCGGAAAGCCCCGAGACGCGUGGCAGAGUGAAGCCGGAAACCGGCAGCACAAAGCAAGAUGGGGAGCUUACAGAUAUUGAAUGUCACCCCACUCCCGCGCACCCGGUGACUGGAAGAAAUCCCGAGACGAGCAGGGACCUGGUCUGAGGUGAGCAGCUUGGAGCCGCGGCCCUGGAGACGCCUGUCGGGGACAGAGCACCGCUUGAGGGAGCCUGGUGGCUGGAAAGACUUCCUUCAAGAAGAAGAAAGAUCUCCUGUCGGCAGCUUACGCUACCAUGCUAGACGCUGGGAAAAGAAGAAAGGAACGACCCUAAAGCAGAAGGAGGGACGUGAGAAAGAACAGACAUGAAUGAAAUAGAGAUGAGAAAAUGAACGCGACGCGAAGCUGGCUCUUUGAAAGGAUCGACCAAAUCGACAAACCUUUAACUACAUCGCCUCCAAAAUUGCCUUUUAUUUCUUUAUUAUUUUAAUUUAAUUUUUUUCAAAAUUGGUUUAUAAAGUUGUAGGGAAAACUCAGGGGUACCCGGCUGGCUCAGAGGGGUGUGCGACUUCUGAUCUCGAGGUCAUGAGUUCAAGCCCCACGUGGGGUGUACAGAUUACUUAAAAAAAUAAUACCAUUAUUUAUAUUU